CCUGACACUGAGGUAGUUCACCUGAUUGCCUAAAAAUAGAACUAAAUAACAACGUUUUAAUUCAGUACAGGUUAAAUAUGUUCAACUGAUUAUCUGGUGCACUGAUAUUCAUUUACUUCGAUGUAAAAUGGCCCUCGUGUUUAAAAGGAGAAGCUUUUAUUUUGUUAUCAUUUACCGGAUGUGCUCAGAUUAAAUACGGUAACUUAACAGUGGUCCCAAGUUGAGUUGAGUGUCUGCGCUGCUGCGGUGAGGAGACAGAGGAGGAGAGGAGGAGAAAGUGGCUCAUCUGAUGUCUGCUGUGAGAGAGACGCCUCACCUUCAUCCUUCUCUCCUUUGACAAGAAAAGAAAAGAUCUUUAAUCUACUUUUACACUGAGAGGAAAGUGGUGGGACUUGGAUCAGGACGGGCGACAGGAGAUCUGGAUGUAUGACAGAGGAGGGGAGGUUUUCUGAUCUGAGCCCCUUUGGACAUGACUGAAGCGGCGGACGUGAGGGAAGGAGAAGGAAAGUGAUUCAAGAGCAGGGAGGAUGUCUGCAGGGAUGAUUCCUUCUGAUUUUGUUCAUUUGUUUUAGGGAGUUGAUCCAUCACAUCCGAGCUCACAGAGCGCAGCACCUUUUCAGAUCAUCUCAUUUGCAGCAUCCACCACGCCUCUGCUGGAGACCUGCCUCCUAAAACAAGCCCCAGCUUGAUUAUUAUUAGCUUGUAAAACAAAAAACAACAACUUGCAAUCAGGCGUAUUAUGGAAUGUCACCUUUCUUGUGAUCAAAUUUAAAAUCAGCUUUGCAAGUUUUGAUAUCCUGAUAUUCCUGUAAGUGAGAGCUGAACAUGGCCAUCAACACGGACACCGACUUCCUCAAGUCCAACUUGGGUGAGGGCGGCGGAGGAGGAGGCGUCCAGCCGGACUUCCACGAGACGGAGAAACUCCUGGCGGUGACCACCGAGCCCGGAGGCAACGGGAUGAAGAUGUCCACCUCCUUCACGGUCAACAUGGGCGGAGACAAGGGCCUGGAGGCCGAUCAGAACGGCCACAGCGUGGCGGUGAGGUCGGGCUCCGCCGGGCAGCUGGCCGCCGCCGCCCCCCUCUCCCCCUCCAAGGCCAGCCUGAGCCGCUCCUCCACCGGGAACGCCACCGUGCAGGAGACCCCGAAGCCCAAGGAUUACCUCAUCCUGGUCAUCCUGUCCUGCUUCUGCCCAAUCUGGCCCGUCAGCAUCGUGGCACUGGUGUACUCCAUCAUGUCCAGAAACAGCCUCCAGGCAGGGGACAUGGAUGGUGCCAAGAGGCUCGGUCGACUGGCUCGCCUGCUCAGCAUCGUCGCCAUGGUCCUGGGUGUGGUCGUCAUCAUAGUCUUCGUCUCGGUUUCAGUGGCCCACUGACAUGGAGGACCUGAGAAGAAAAAUGAAAGCCAAACCACGGAUGCAGCAAGGGGGG